GGCUACUACCGGUGGUCACGUUUGGCCUCGCUUGCUCCUCGUUGGAAAUAUUGUUAUCCAUCUCACCGUUGACCGCAGUGCACUGCAACACUUCCUCGUCAUCAAGCACGACCUAAUCGAUCAUACGUUGUCGUGUCUUUAACUGAUGGUCCACCGUCCUCCAGACUCUCGUCUCCUGUCCAACCUCAUAGCACACGAAAAGGAGUAUACGAAACAUCUAUCCGCUCUUUUCCCCAUAUCACAUGCUGCUCUAGCCUCUCUUUCUGCAUUCGCAGCUGCCUCACCUUCGGCUAUACCUAGUAGUUCUUCGGUCUCUCUGGCACAAACUAUUGCCACCAUCGUUGAUAUCCUCUCCGGUGCGGACGAUGCUCUUCAGCUUUACAAUAAGGCAGUUGAGAAUUGGCGCGAUCAACUUGCUCACUUGAUAAAACUCGAGCAAGACAUAGCAGCUAUUCUCCGUGAUAGGGAAAUUCUGGUAACUCGGCUAAUCAAAGUUUCCAAAUCCUCCAAGACCACACGGGAUGCUCGCUCAUCACUUAAUUUACCGUCUGGUUCUACCUCAUUUAUAUCUCUCCCUUCUACCAAUUCUACAUUACACGGCUCUUCGAAUACCAAACUUCUGCAAACUCAAGAGGAGUUACGCGCAUGUGAGGCUCAUUUGGCUACUAAAGAGCUGGAGUUAGAGGCACUUCGGGUCAGCAUAGCUAGAGAAGGUCUCGGUGCUCGCUGUCGGGCUCUUGUUGAUUGUGGGUGGACUUGGGGCGAAAUGGGCAAGGAAGGUCUCCGGGCCUUACAGACUCUUAAUGCUUCAAGUUCAGAUGUUCAAGAACCACUUUUGGCGUCAUUUCCAUCGAAUUCGCAUCCACCCUCCACGUCCAUUACUCCCAAACAAAAGCCUCUCACGCUGCCUUCUCGUGUUACACAGGGCCCAAUAUCCUACUCCUCCGACAUUUCCUCCCUCACACCUUCUCAAAGUGCUUCACAACAACACGAUGGGCCCUCUCGUGGAGCUAGCCAAGAAGGCGCGAUUCCUGAUCAUCCUAGCUCCAGUGGCCAUGAAGACGUGACAAUCAGCAUUCCUCCUGCACAUGCCAUCUCAGAACUUACUAUGCCAACUGGUGUCCGUUCUCCAUCCCCUCUCAGGGCCCCUUUACCUGGGAGUUCAACAGACCUCGAGACCCGCCCCCUCCUACUUGGUAGUAGUGCACAACAGAUCCGCCGUCCAUUAUCCAGGCGCAUAACCGAGAUAGACGAAAAUGAGUACAGUGAGGGGCCUGCUGUCGUAACAAACUCCUACUUCCCAUCCCCUGACAGCGCUCGCGGUGCGGACGAUAGCAGUGAAGAGGAGGAGACUCAAGGUCCCUUAGAGGUCGUCGAGAACGAUCCAUUCAGUCAAUCCACACGCUUCUCUCUGCAUCACGAAGUAUCUCCAGAUGCUGUUGAGCACACACCCAAGCGUAACGGUAAACAGCGGGAGCGUAUGCCAUCCAUGAGUUUCUUCGGCUCUCUGCGCGGUUUAUUCAAGAUCUCGCACAAGGAUCAAACUCGGGUAGAGUGGAGUGGUGCUACAGAGUCCCCGGAUGCCAGUACAAGCAACAAAGGGAAGAAGGGCUGGUCUACGCGAACAGAUGCAAACUUGAAGGCUUCCAGAUCUCAAGACAGCUCAGAGUCUGAGCCUGAGACAAUUCGCAAGCCCCCUCUACCUUCAAGAGGUGCGAAGUUGCGCAAGGGCCGGUCACAGACGACCGCUCUCGCAUCAUCUAGUGGAUGGCAGACUGACGGACCCCCUUCUGCAAGUCCACGCACAAGCGUCAGGCGGAAAAAGAAGAAGUCAGUUGCGGAGCUAAAGGGCGGGGACGGCGGGUAUACAGACGGCGAGCUUGACGCAAACAAUUCAACUCCUGCAGGCCUCCCAUCUCGGAGUCAGUCGGAGGUUGUUAACCGACGUCCGUCUGUAAAGCGGCAGAUAACCCCAACCUCCAGUCCUCAGGCUCAACCACUCGAUCUUUCACGUGCAUCCUCACUCUCAAUGCGAAGUAGCGUAAGGUCGGCCCCAAAUCAGGUAGCAGUCAAGCCACAACAUCGCAGAGCAAGUACAGACCUCUCCGGGAAUCUUGACAGUGGCAAUGGGGAAGCGCCUCGUGAAGGUUAUCCACGACGGUCAGCCUCCCUCACAUACGGUGCAGCACCUCAACAUCCGGGGGACUCUCCUGGAACUGCGAGAUCAAGAUCCAAGCGCACACCCAAAGCAGUGACCAUACAUCCUCCUCUCCCAGCGAAAGGGAGCACUAGUGUGAGCCUUAUGAGCAUCGUCGAGGAUGUCGCACGACAGAAUCGCAACACCCGGGGUGCUACAGUUACAGGCUCGUCGAGUCCAUCUCCAAGUACUACUAAACUUGAGGUCCCGCGUGCCCCUAUACCAGGUGUGCCUACCAACCCAACGUGGUCCUCCAAACCUUCCCAUGAUCGGCUUCCUGUCCGCUCAGGAUCAUUGGACAUUCCCCGUGCACCGGGGUCAGUUUUUUCUGCAUCUCAGUCCUUCCCGGUUGUUCCGGGCGCACAAGGAACAGCGAGACCCAAACACGAAACCCCACCUCGUCGCCCGUCUAUAGGAAAGGGGAGUCACAAGUCAGCUGCAGUUCCUGGAAGCGAAUCCAGAAAGACCUCCCGACCGGCUGUGUCACCUCUUCGUUCAGCUCUUCGAAAUUCCAGCCGUACACCAUCACCCAGCCCAGCUCUAUUAUCAGAGAUACGAAAGCGAGGAGCUGAUGUAAGCGCUGAGGAUAGUAAACCUCGUGGACGGACACCAGAGCGGGAUGCACCCGAGGAGCGCACUCCGAGACCAGCCCGGCCCGGGCAGGCUAAUGAACUGAAUGAUAUCUCGAUAAGAGAUUCAGUUUCGAUGAUAUCAAUGUCAUCAUAUAGAACGGCAGAGGAAAGUCCUAUCGAGGGGGGGUCAACUCCCCCGGCUCCGCCACAUGAUACCGAGUCAUCCUCCACUGAAACACCGACAAGACGAAAGAGUGUUCGGGUAUCUCUCCAGCCGACAUUCUCUCCUACUCCGCCUGCCCUGGAAGAUGAUGAGGCUCAUGGCCGUUACCCCUGGAGCUCAACGAAGAAGGACUGUGACAAUCAUGAUGAAUCCAGCGAACCUGUUAUAUGGCAAGACUCGAGUGACGAAGAUGAGGAAUACAGUCGUGCACGGAAACUGCUUAGCAGAGCCGGUAAGAAAGAUAAAGGGAAGAAGAAGGAUGUAUAGCCUGUCGCCGAAUUUAAGUCAUUCCGAGCUCAAACAGGGAUCACACUUGUUACAUCCCUUUUGGCCCUUGCAAGAUCGACAUUUGUUCUUCAAAUUCUUUAUCAUCGUCAGCAUUUCAUUCGCAGUUCUCGGUUAAUUGUUACAUAUCUUCACAUAUAAUUUUUACAUUGAUUUGGUUUACAGUUGAACCUUUUACUUUAUACAUAUUCUGAAUACAUAGACUGGAUUGC